CAACAGCCGAACCAAUAAGGCAAUCUUCAGCUCAGCCCUCCCAAGUCCCAAAACAGGUAGUCUGAGCACCUGAAUACGAGACGAGUGCCACCUCCUUUUUUUUUUGGGAUUUUUUUGCUGCAAAGAGUGCCACUUGGCUUCUUCUCUUUCACGCAGUUAUAAAAAAGAAAAGAUCAAGAAAAUAAAUGAGGGAAAUAAAACUCUUCCGGGGUUCCGGCGCUUGCGGGGCAGGAGAAACAGCUACUAAGAGCCAAGGCAAGUAAAGGUAUCUCAAAUUAAUGGCGGUUUCAGCGUUCAGAGGCGCAACCUAUGCACGAUUACCUCUCCUUCACCACUCUAAGCCUAAGUUGCCCUGUAUAAGUAUAAGUACCUCUAUCCGAUCAAGGAAGCUUCGUGUCCGCUCAAAUCGCUUAGCAUUGUUUGCUCGAUAUGCACAGGCACAGGAUUUUUCUUCUCGUCUUCAAGGCCGUAUUGAUGAUUUACCCAAAUUGGUGGAAGACAUAGUCCAGACAUCAAUAAACACAGGGCCACGUGGAGCUUAUAGGCUAGCUCAAGGUAUUCAAGCUGUUAUUGGGGUUGGUAGAGAGUGGUUGGUAGAUGUGUCAAAGGUAACUUCUAUUUGGUUUUCUUUGUUCUGAUCACAUAUUUGUGAU